UUAAUUUGUUUAUUUCAGUUAUGUUACAUGACCACUUCGCACCUGCAAAACGAAAUUCUUAGCAAUGUUGGAAGUGAUUAGGAGCCAGGGGUAGUCUCGUCCAACACCACAAAGUUGGUCAAGAAGCAUCCAAAGAGCAGUGUCUGUGCAGAUCCUUACAAAAAGAUGGACAAGUCUUGGAUGGGAACUGAUAGACACAAAAAGCCUUACAUCGAUGGAGUUGCAACAUUUUUGGAUUAUGCAGUCCGCAAUUUGAAGAUCUCGAUGAAUAUGGACCCACUAGAUUCCAAAAUAAAAAUAAAAAUUCCAUGCCCGUGUACUAAUUGUGUAAACCACAUGAGUCUUCAUGUGUCAGAAGUAGAUCCCCACUUAUUCAGAUAUGGAAUUGAUCAAAACUAUACAAAAUGGAUUAAGCAUGGAGAAGAAGAGGACCAACCAAUAAAUGUUUCGUUUAAAGACAACUAAUCAAUGAACACAACAUACGUCGAUGAAUCCAUGAGCUUCACAAUAGGAAUUCCAACGGAUGCCGAAAGUAGAUCAUCACUUAUUCAGAUAUGGAAUUGAUCAAAACUAUACAAAAUGGAUUAAGCAUGGAGAAGAAGAGGACCAACCAAUAAAUGUUUCGUUUAAAGACAACUACUCAAUGAACACAACAUACGUCGAUGAAUCCAUGAGCUUCACAAUAGGAAUUCCAACAGAUGCCGAAGAUACAGUAGACAUGGUUAAAGCCACAGAAGAAACUUUCAUAGGAGAUCAUGUCAAAUUUCAAAAACUAAUUGAAGAUGCUGAGAAACCAUUAUACAAAGGGUGUUGUAACUUCACAAAGUUGUCUGCAGUUGUGCAACUCCUAAACUUGAAGAGUAAGUAUGGAGUUUCAGAUAAGUGUUUUACUGAAACAUUAGUUUUGAUAAAGAAAAUGUUACCCGAAGGUAACGAAAUGUUGAGUAGUACCUAUGAGGCUAAGAAAACAAUGGGUUCAGGGUAUACAAAGAUACAUGCAUGUAUCAAUGACUGCAUUCUUUAUAGGAACGAGUACAAAGGUGCGAAAGUAUGUCCCACUUGUGGGAAAUCAAGAUGGAAGGUUGAUGAGAAAGAAAAAAUUAUAUAUGAAAAUAUCCCGACAAAAGUGUUAUGGUAUUUUCCCAUUAUCCCGAGAAUGAAAUGACUAUUUCAAUCAAAGACAAUAGCACAAAAUUUAAAAUGGCAUGCCACCGAUAGAAUACAUGACGAUGUUUUACGUCACCCAACAGAUACACCCGCAUGGGCUGCCAUAGAUAAAAGAUAUCCUUAAUUUGCUAAUGAUCCAAGAAAUCUACGUCUAGCCAUUUCGGCUGAUGGGGUCGACGUGAAUAGAGGAAAUAGGAAUCAUAGUGUAUGGCCUAUUUUGACUGUCAUUUACAACCUUCCACCAUGGUUGUGUAUGAAAAGAAAGUUUAUCAUGCUCUCGUUAUUGAUCUCAGGAACACCAGGAAACGAUAUUGAUGUUUUUUUAGCACCUUUGAUCGAUGAUUUGCAACUCUUAUUCGAUGUUGGAGUCGAAACAUAUGAUGCAUCUUCAAAGGAGAUGUUUACUUUACGUGCAGUUGUGUUAUGGACGAUAAAUGAUUACCCUGCUCUUGGUACAUUAUGUGGUUGUCCUUACAGCGGAUACAAAGGUUGUGUAGUGUGUGGGGAACAAACGCAUUGUAUUAGACUUCCUAAAUCAAAGAAGCAGAUCUAUGCUGGUCACAGACGAUAUCUACCAUAUAAGCAUCCUUUUAGAAGUCAAAGGAAUGCGUUCAAUGGAGAACAAGAGUUCACAACUGCUCCAGAACCUUUGAAUGGUGAAGAAAUAUUUAACAAUGUCAAAUAUGUUAUAAAUAAAUGGGGAAAGGGAGCUAAUAAUAAGGAAUCAGACAUCCAAAAAACUUCGACAGGAAGAGGUGGGAAGAUAAAAAGAAAAAAAAGAACAUCAAAAGAAGUGUGUUAUUCAGAUGUUAGCAACAAUGAAAACACACAUUGGAAGAAAUAUAAUAUAUGGUAUCGACGUCUUAGGUAUUGGCAACAUAAUCUUGUCCAUCAUUGUAUAGAUUUUAUGCAUGUCGAAAAGAAUGUAGGUGAGAGUCUAGUUGGAACAAUGCUCAACAUUCCUGGCAAAACAAAAGAUGGAUUGCAGGCUCGAUUGGAUUUGGCACAUUUUGGGUUAAAGCCAGAGUUACAAGUUCAUAUUGAAGGCAACAAAACCACACUUCCGGCAGCAAGUUACACAUUAAAAACAGAGGAAAAAACCAUGUUUUGUGAAACAUUAUACAAUUUAAGGGUUCCACAAGGGUAUUGUUCUAAUUUUUCUAGUUUGGUGAGUCUAAAGGAUAGGAAGCUUAUCGGACUUAAAUCACAUGACUAUCACAUGCUCAUGCAACAAUUUUUGCCCAUCGCAAUACGGUCUAUUAUGCCGAAAUCCACAAGGGAUGGUAUUACCAGAUUUUGUUUCAUUUUCAAAUCAAUAUGUAGCAAAGAAAUAAAAGUUAAGGAGAUCGAUAAGUUGCAAGAAGAAUUAUGUGUCACAUUGUGCCUGCUUGAGAAAUACUUUCCUCCAUCAUUUUUUGAUGUUAUGGUUCAUUUAACUGUGCAUCUAAUUAGGGAAGUAAAAUUAUGUGGUCCAGUAUGCUUUCGAUGGAUGUAUCCAUUCGAAAGGUGUAUGAAGGUUAUUAAAGGGCACGUGCGGAAUAAAAAUAAACCAGAAGGUUGCAUUGCAGAAGAGAAUAUUGCAGAAGAGACAAUUGAGUUUUUAAGUGAAUUCCAAAAAAAUAUGAAUACUGUUGGUAUUCCACUUGAGAAGCAUAACAACUUUGGAAAUCAUAAUGAUGACUAUAGUAUUUCUCUUAGGGAUGGCACUCCAGUAUCAGCAUGUCGAUCGGUUCAAGUUUCUCCGGACCUCUUCAUCAAAGCACAUUUCUAUGUAAUGCAAAAUACAACUGAAGUUGUACCAUAUAUUAAUCGACACAAGGCAUUUCUGAGAAACCAACACCCUUUUAAACGAAAUGCAUGGCUAGAGAAUGAGCACAGUAAAAUGUUUGGUCAAUGGUUACGAGAGGAGGUUGAAAAAGAGUUAUUGGUCUCAAAAGAAAGUGUAUCAGAGACCGUUAGGUGGAUUUCACAUGGACCAAACACCACUACUGAAAUACGAUGCGUAUGA